UUAAUGUCCAACAUGAACAAAAUUUCUCAAUUGAGUUAAACUUUUCGGUAAAAAUUUAUUCAAAAUUUAAAAUAAAUACUUAUGAAAAUAUGGGACAAUGUCGGCAAAACAUCCGUUGAAGUUGGUUGCCUUACGAAGUCGGAAUGACUUACUAAGCAAGCGCAAGGGGUAUUCAUUCUGCCGCCUGGGCAUGCUCGGUAUGAAUCCCGCGCGAGGCGGCCAAAACAAUGCCGUAUCUUUGGCAGCAUCACAAAAGCCGGCAAGAUGGCAUCUUCAAGUUGAUGUUGAACGAGCGAAAGAAGAUCCUCAGAUAUCGUUACCCUUACUUAUGUACGUGUACAGUCCUUGGCAUUUAGUUAUUAACAAAUUCAGCCUAUGGAAACUAAAAAUAUUUUGGGACUGGGAAUUUUCCGAACUUCAGUUCAUCGAAAACGCUAAGCAUGCAGUGGUGCUCAUCACCAAGCUGAUAAAUAAGCAGCGUGAACAGUACAUUAAGCAAUGCACCACUCCCAUGGGAUACAAACAGAUCCUGCACGAUAUUGGCAAGUUGCAUAGACCGCAGACACAAGAUUGGCCAAAGAAACUUUUACGCUUCGAGAAACGACACAUUCGUCGGGCUAUUAUAUUGAAGCUGCAACAAUUGUCCCAUUACGAUCAUAAGUUCGCCUUUGUUGAUGUUGUCUUUUUGGCGUGCAGACGCGCCAAUGACUUUGACUUGACUUCAGAUAUUGAAGAGAUGGCUGAUUUAAUUAAUCGGUUCGCCAAGAAGAAGAAGCACUUUUUGGUACCUUUUCCAAUUGUGUUUGCCGAAUUCUUUGUGCGUUUUCGAAGGGAUUAUUCGAUGCCAGCAUCGAAAAGAACAGGUCAAUGGCUGGUCUCUACCUAUAAAAUCCUUAAAUUGGACAUGCUUAAUUAUCAUCCCGAGUUCAGUGCCGGAAGUCAGUCAAUCUAUCAGUCUCAACCUGCAUGAAUUCAAUACAGUUCAAUAUAUAAAUAGAAUCUAUCUGCUUAACUCCAUGUUAAGUUAAAUGAAAACCACCCAGCACUGAUGCGAAAAGUGUUGAAGUGCUUCACAAUCCUCUUUAUAAUGAGCUUUGUUUUAUACAAACUACGUAGUUGAGGGCAAAGUUUUGCAAGUAAAUGCUGAAGCAAAAGUCCAGGAUGCACCGUGUUAGCUGUCGUGGCAUUCAGAUGCUGGCAACUUAGUUGUCCUGUUGAUAAGUCGGCGACAUAGAUCAUGAAUUUGUAAUGCCAAACCACAGCCCAGUGAGUGAUGGCAGCAUGAGCAACAAGUGGACAAUUGUAUUAUUACAUAGUCCUUAUGUUUGUUUAACUUCUUCUACAUUCUUGCAUUACCUUAGUAUAUACAUAUGUGCAUACGGGUAUGUGUCUCAAUAUGCAGCUUUUCUUGGCCACCCAAAGCUAUAAGUCCUUUGGCCCAUCAAGUGGUAAUAUAUCUCUUCGUAUCUUGCA